GUCACUGCUUUCCAGGAUUGAAUCCCCCAGCCUGAGAUGAUAGAAAGUGACAUUACAUCCAUAAUGUCAGGAAUCAUUAGAAAUUCAGGGCAAAAUCAUCACCCCUUACCGCAGGAAUACAGACUCUUGGCUUCUGCCCCAUCCCAGUUGAGUGAAGACCUUCCAAGUGACUUGCAGUCCUUGUCAUGGCUGACCUCUGUUGAUGUUCCUCGCUUACAACAGAUGGCUAGUGGAAGAAUGGACUUCAGCAUCAGCUCUCAGGAGUCAAUGCUGCAGCAGACAGGUCCUGUGCCAGGUAAUAUGCAUUCAACAGGUGCUCCGGGAGCAAUGAUUCAGGUGCAGGCCAGUCUGCCACAGGGAAUUGUGGGACUGAAUACUAUUACAUCGCAUGGAGCAAACAUGAGCCAGUACACGGUCGGAGGGCAGCCAUCUCCUAGUUUACAGUCACAGCACUCGCUUUUCCCUGCUCCUCAUUCACAGCAAGUGUUUGCCAUCGCACAGAAUGCACAACAGUGUAACCCAGCUGCAAUAUACAAUGCAUCCUAUGGACCCCAUCCUCAAUAUUCUCAACCUCGCCUUGCCCCUCACACUGCUCAGGAAGUCCAUCCCAAACAUUAUCCCAAGCCAAUCUACUCCUACAGCUGCUUGAUUGCAAUGGCAUUAAAGAACAGUAAAACGGGCAGCCUCCCAGUGAGUGAGAUCUACAGCUUCAUGAAGGAGCACUUCCCCUACUUCAAGACAGCUCCCGACGGUUGGAAGAACUCUGUGCGCCAUAAUCUCUCCCUGAACAAGUGCUUUGAGAAAGUGGAGAAUAAAAUGAGUGGCACCUCACGCAAAGGCUGCCUGUGGGCCCUCAACCCUGCCAAGAUUGACAAGAUGGAAGAAGAGAUGCAGAAAUGGAAGAGGAAGGACUUGGCCGCUAUUCACAGGAGCAUGGCCAAUCCAGAGGAAUUAGACAAACUAAUCACCGACAGACCUGAGAACUGCAGGCGGCCUAGUAAACAGGCAGAAUCCGAAGUGUCCACACUGACUCACAUGACCGCAGCCCAAGGCCGAAUCUCCAUCUCCAAGCUGCAGCCCCAGCCCAUGACUCUCUCUCUGCAGUCCAUACCACUGCAUCACCAGAUCCAGACCCAGGCUCGCAUAGCCCCGGACUCACCGGCACCUGCCCAGACGCCUCCUCUCCAUACUCUGCCUGACAUGACCCAGAGUCCCCUUCCUCACCACCCAAUGAGCCGUGCACCCGCAGACUUCCUGAAUGCGACAGCAGAUAUGAACACCGAAGUGGAUGCUCUUGAUCCAAGCAUCAUGGAUUUCGCACUACAAGGAAAUAUAUGGGAAGACAUGAAAGACGACAGCUUCAAUCUAGAUACCUUCGGUGCCUUCAGCAACUCCCCUCUCCAGCUCUCAGACUGUGACCUGGGCACGGCUGGCCUCACCCCCGUCUCGAGUGGUAGUGAUUAUUCCUUCUCAGACUUACAGGUCACAGGCCUCUACACUACUUACACCAAGCUGGAUAAUGUAGCCUCGUCACAGUACAUGAAUGGUCAAGGCAACAAGCCCAUUGCUCUGCUUUAAGAUUCCCAGAUGCGAGGACCGAAGUAACUCAUCACAGGCCUAUUCCCUGGGAGGCCUUAGGAUAGGAUCUGAAAGCUGGAAAGCAGCUCCUUCUGCAGACCCCUGCAUCACGCAAGGUAUUUACCAGAACUCUGUGUGAUGCCAAAAUGUAUCAAGCCAGUACUAGCACGGGGUUUGUGAACACACCUCCCUCGUCAUCUUCACUGAGAUCAAAAAGGAUUUUGGCUGUUGUGAUACAAGAACGGGGAGCUGACAAAAUGGAGCGUGGAGUGCAUCAGUUAGGAAAAACUUUACUAGGACAAUUCACACACGAGUCACAUUAUGUUUCAACGUAAUCCAACCCUCAGAACUAACGUCGAGUGCAGGACUGACAUGCAGAUUCCGUCUGACCACAACAUACACAGGAGCCCAUGCACCAGCUCACUGCUCCAGCGGGCCGAGUCAGAGAUUCCGAGAACCACCUGAUCUUAUGUAUUUGUUUCUUUUUUUCCAAAGAGCCAAAUAACUGCAGCCAAACAAACAGAGAUCACAUGCUGUUUCUGGAAACGCUUGCAAUGUCAACACC